UCACGCACGCGCCCUCUCUUUUGACCUCUGACCCGCCGGCCAACCUUGAGCUGGGGCCGUGGGGCCAGGAAGCAGGAGACCGCGACCCCGAAGCAGAGCGGCCACCAUGGCCAAAUACCUGGCCCAGAUCAUUGUGAUGGGGGUGCAGGUGGUGGGCAGGGCCUUUGCCCGAGCCCUGCGGCAGGAGUUUGCAGCCAGCCGGGCAGCAGCUGACGCUCGGGGACGUGCUGGACACCAGUCUGCAGCUGCCUCCAACCUGUCUGGCCUCAGCCUCCAGGAGGCCCAGCAGAUUCUCAAUGUCUCCAAGCUGAGCCCCGAGGAGAUCCAGAAGAACUACGAACACCUGUUCAAGGUGAACGACAAAUCCGUGGGCGGCUCCUUCUACCUGCAGUCCAAGGUGGUCCGAGCCAGGGAGCGUCUGCAGGAGGAGCUCAGAAUCCAGGCCCAGGAGAACAGAGAGAAGGAGCAGACGCCCAAAACGUGACUGUUUGGCCCCUCCUCCUGACCCUGCCCACCUCCUCUAAUUUAUAGCUUGGUAAUAAAUGUCUUUUCCGCA